CCAUUCCAUUCCAAUUUCUUGGAUUUUUUACAUACGAAACACUCUUGUUUCUUUGCCUUUUUCCAUGGUUCCCGAUUUCUUUGCGUGUUUCCUGGUUUUUUUCCCACUGUGAGUCGAUAGAAAGCGUUCUUUGAUACGACAAAAGCCAUCCUUGACCACAAUGAAGCACACCUAAUGCAAAACAUUUCUCCAUUACCCAACGAAAAGACAGACUGGCAAAAUGAAAAUAACGAAAUAGAAAAACUGACGUCGCAAGCUCCCAGAGACAGCUAUAAAUGCGCAACCUUCUCCAAUCCGGGGAAAUCGCUCUGUCAACUGAACUACUGAGGAUUUGAUGAUACACAACUCAGAAGACUUCCCGGAAGAUAAGAACUUGCUACUUGGAUCUGACUGUGCACGGCCGGUGGUGAACCUCAAACAUUUGCGACUAAAAGUUAAAAGUUUUUGUCUUAAUUCAUUGAAAUUAGGGUAACAAUUUGUUGAGUACGUUAAGUCGCAUUUGAUCUCAAUAACCUAUUGUUUGAUUUUGAUAUUUGCUUCUUGAUUGUAAAAAUGACCUUCCAAAUUUUGCUUGUGCAUCGCGAAAAUUUAUGCUAUUCGCUCGCAAAGUUAUCAAAAUUAAUGAGGCCUAAUAUACUGUUAUCAAUGUAAUAAAAGUAUUUGGAGACCGUUUUAGAUUAGGAUAGAAUCGAAAGCCGGAUUUUGCAAAAACAGAGAAAAGAGCGGCCAUCUGUUACAAACGAAACCCUAACUUCCUCAUCUGAGAAAUGUCGUCUACCAUCGUUUUAGUUUUUUCCCUGUGAUCCAACUUCACACGCCAAAUCUUAUCGACCCUGUCUCCGACCAAUCCAAUCUUUCUUUAAUUCUCCGGCUGGGCAAUGAUAUGUAAGAUUUUGUUGUGUAUCUACUGAAAUUAUUUUUUGUACAAAUUCUUUCUAUUUUUUUUCUAUUUCAAGUUAACUGCAAAAAUCGUAAAUCGAUUUCUAGAUGACUUUUUCAACUUGGUGGAUAGUGGAACGAAUAAUAUAUUCAAAAUGGGCAUUAGAGCCCUAAAAGUUUGUAGGCCACUGAUCUAAAUGAUGUCAGCGUUUUGUAGCACCCAUGUAUCAUAAUAUAUUUUUCAUUUAAAAUGAAAUUCUGUGGCAUCAGUCGUUUUUUUUUUGGCACACUUCAAUGUAGCACCAAAACUUCGCACAUUAAGUUUCCUGCGAUUAUAUUCUCUAAGAUAACCGUUAACGGAUAAACUAAAGUACGACUUGCUAGUCAACUGAACCGAUAAUAUCGAAGACGAUGGACUCUACUUCUUGUGAAAACCAAAGCAAGUUUUGUUAUCGCAAAGUUUUGCUUCGGGAAGCAUUUUGGAAGUUCAACCUGAAUCUUCUGGAAAGCGGCGAAAAUAAUUAUCCCACGUUCCUAGCUUGAUUCUGAAAGCGUAUUUCAACAUAACUUACAUCCAACUUUUGAAAAACAUUUGCAUUCAAAACAGAAUAGAUUCUUGUCAAGUUUUCUCCGCAAGGACCGUUGCCUGCUUUUCACCGCCGCCGUUCUUAUUGAUGCCAGUUUGUCGGAUCUCCGACCCGCUAAUUUUAAUGUCCUGUCCCAUCAUCUCUUACCCUUCAACUGGGUUUGAAAAUGAAGUUGCAAACUUACAGCCCGAAACUUGUUCGACUGCCAAACCGCAAAACUUUUCAACCUCAUGACAGCACCCUCCUCAACCAGCCGAAAAGCGCAGUUUCCAACUACAAUUUUCUACUACAUACAGAUUUUCAUUCCGGCUCCGUUCGACAAACACUCAUUAUCUUGACCAAACAAGACAGCUGAAAAUUGUGAACAAUAUAGAGCAAGCUAAGUGUAGUAAAAGUUCUACAACUGUGUCGCAAAGUGACUGGGUCUAGGGAAUAAUAAAAGUUCUAAAACUUGUCGCAAAGUUACUGGAUCUGGGGGAAAGCCGAAUGACGAAUACUGAACUGUAGUGUAUUAAACGCGUGAGUAACCAAGCGUCUCCACCGGCAAAGACAUGUGCAACCGUACCGUGAAUCCUUUCAAUUACUACGUUCUCAUAUUAUCGCCUGAUGAUAGCAAAACCACUAGCAAAUCUGAUUUAAAUCCGACAAAUCCCUGUGGAACCUAUUACUGCAUAGCACCGCAUUCUGCGAAAUCUCCUUCCUUCAGUUUACACCGAAUCAAAUUCCCAGCUAAUUUUUGCUCUACUCUAUUUCACGUGGUUCGUCCUUGUGCCAUUUUGCGCCGCGAACAUGGCAUUUAGGUUCUGAACCCGCUGGAUGCCGUCUGCAACAUGCCCCGACCGGAUGCGAUUUGUGUGAGCAAUCUACGAAGUGCAAGCCGAGCGGACAAAGCCGUCCUCACCGAGCGGCCAGAUGUGAAAAUUUUCCUACCGUUCCGAUUCUACUUCUACCGGGUGGAAGAGCUGUUCGCUCCCAACACGUACAACAAAUUUUUAGUUGCUCCGGGUGGUGACCAUUUAAUUUCUCUGAUUGAUGAGAUUUCCUACGUGUCACCGCCAUCUCCGAUGCUUUCCCAGAUCGAAGACAUCCCACCAGAACAGUUCUGCAACGGUGAUAAUCGGCCACCAGAUUGCGGUCCAAACUGCAUGUGCACCCACACAAUCGAUAUCCCACUGAACGCGAUCGUCGAAGUUGUGCUUGUAGAUGAAGUCCAACAAGACAACCUGAGCCAUCCGUUCCAUCUGCACGGUCACUACUUCAGCGUCAUCGGAAUGGGACGUUCGCCCGAUACCACCGUGAAAAAGAUCAAUCUACGCCACGCCCUAGAUCUCGAUCGACGCGGUCUACUGAAUCGACAGUUCAAUCUGCCCCCACUCAAGGAUACCAUUGCUGUCCCGAACAAUGGAUACGUCGUUUUGCGGUUUAGAGCCAACAAUCCCGGCUAUUGGUUGUUCCAUUGUCACUUCCAGUUCCACAUAGUGAUCGGCAUGAAUCUGGUCAUACACAUAGGCACGCAGGCCGAUUUACCUCCGGUGCCACCAAACUUCCCCCGGUGCGGAAACCACAUACCACCGAUUCGGCUCAACUGAACAUCGCAAUCGCUGCACAGCGGUCGGCACCAAGUAGAACGUAAAGAAAUACAGGAUUUAAGUUUUGUCGAACUAUUAUUUACAUAGUUUGAAACUUCAAAAAAAAAACAACAACAACAACGAGAACCUUCCGUGCAAGUGUGUUGAUACGUAAGCGCUUCUUAGUCGUAAUUUAGACAAUUUUGUAUCUGUUGUACUUCUUUUGGGUUGCUUUCAACUGUUGACCAUUUUAUCGUAUUAGUAUCUGUUGUAAACUAGUUGUAUAUGUUUAAUUAAGUUAUGUAAAUCCAGUCCAGUAAUUACAGUCAGUCAGUCAGUCAGUUCUUGAAUCAACAUUAUCAUUUGUUCAUUUUUUGUCAAAACGGAUGCUCUUCUCACUGAUAUUAAUUCUGAUAAGUCGAUAGAAACAUGAUCGAUAAGUUGACAUCAAAAGAAAAAGCUUAGAUAAUCUGUGUGUUAGACUGAACGUACCAAAAUCUUGAAUAUACUUCAAGAAAAAUUGAUACGAAACCAAAUUUGUGCUUUGGUUUUCUGAAUACGAAGGCUUCCAAAACUAUUUAUUUUCAUUUUGUUUAAAACAAACAAAAUAGGAGAAAGAAUAUCAUUACUUUCAAUUACACUUUUCAAAACGUUUUUCACCGCAUAACCUCAAAUUCUCUAGGAGUCAAAAUUACAUCAACAAAAUUAAACGAAAUUUAAGUUUUGCGCAAGAAAUCCGCCAAAACAUCCGGUUUACGUGUAUUUAAACUUUUGACAUAUAGUAAAUGACCUUUAAUCAAAUUAAGUGUUUUUUUUUUGUUACCUUGUCUUCCGGUGAAACCCUGAGAUGUCAGGUAAAAAUUUCAAAUAUCUCCUAACAGGGUUGAAAAAGUCUGUGAACUCGAAACAAUGUCUGCAGACUCAAGUUCUUUAUAAACAAUGGAGCACAAAAUUGUUUCAGAGAGCAAAAGAAGCGACGAAUAUAAAAGUAUGUAAAAAUUUGACGAAUGUCACGUUUCUCAAAAGUCUGCAGCAAAAACAGCUUAUUUUAGAAAUCUGCAGAUUUGCAACCAAAUCUGUAGCCCUGGCAUCCCUGGCAUAACCUCACAAAAUGAACUCGAUAAACGUCGUUUGAUAGCUUUCAGUAGUUAUUCUUUUCAUUUUAUACCAAUUCAAAUGCGUUUAUUUUUUAGAAACGAGUUGUCAUCCCAAGCAGCCAAAAGUUCCACCCUAUCUGACAAAAUCCACUCAAAAACAACAACUUUAUCGCUGCUGAUAACCCCACACAAUUUGCCGAACGAGCCCCAUUUGACAUUUGUUGGUGAUUCGUUUACAUGUUCAUUUCAAGUAGAAUUUUUAUUGUCAAAGCUAACAUAAAUAUUUUUGACAAUUCAGUGUUUACAUUCUCGUAAGGCAUAUUGACUCAACAUUUGCCAGGAUAAAAUCCAAAUUUAGAUUCGUGUUAUUGAAAAUGCUAACAAACCAUGCUAGCUGUCGAACAUACGCUUUAUUUGGUUUUUCUACCGUCACUGCCAACCUCAAUCGGAUGAACACAUUUUGACACUACAGCUAAGCAGUACUGUUUGUAAAUAAUGUUUUUGACAGACGAAUGAAACCGUUAACGGUCCAUCUUGCCUGAAAAGAAUUUAAAAACAUUUGUUGACGAUUCGAUUCGGUUACAUACAUUCGAUACAUCUUUAAGUAUUAAAUAAAAGUGGCUAAUUGCGAAGUGUAAAGAUGUGUUCCUCGAAUUUUUUAAAGCUUGUUUGUAAAUAGUACUAUUGAACUGUCAAGAAUAAAUGAUUAUUCAUUUGUGACAUAAAUAUAAAAAAUCCCAUUCUUCACGAGUUCAUUUGUGACGUUGUUUUGAACAAAUGUAAUUAGGUUUUGCACGAUGACGACACAAAUGAACUGCCGAUGAAUCAAGUUCAUCGUUGACAGUUGCCGUGUACUUGAUUUGUUUUGCGAUUGCAAUUUAAAAAUUGAAAAAAUGACGAAAAAGUGCCUGUUAAAAACGUAUUCCACAGUGGAAAUAACUAAAAAGAUUGCCCUGUAUGUGUUUCCAGCAUCAAGGAGCGAUAUAUGUAUGAAUCUGUUGAGUGUGAGGCGACUUGCCAUUUUUACAUUCGAACAAUGAACUUCUGAUGAACUUUUAAACUGUAAACAAGUACACGUCGAUCGUCAAAAAAAGUUCAUUUUGUUCAUUUUUGUGAGGAUAUGUCAUGUUCGUUCAAAACCUAAUUAGAUUUUUUAUCGUGACGUCACAAAUGAACAAGCAUUCAACCUUGACAGUUCAGCGGUACUGUUUACAAACAAGCUUAAACAAAUAUCGAAGAACACGUCUUAAACAAUCAUCCUUACACUUUGCAACUAGUCACUUUUAUUUAAUAAAUCUCAGAAACAAACCGUAUCCAAUCGGGAGUUAGGUUUUUUACCGUCACUGCUAACAUCAAUCAGAUGAACACAUUUUGACAGUUCAGCAGUACUGUUUGUAAACAGAAAUUUCUUUUGUUUGUUUAUUGACAAAUUGGAUCAGACCAUUUACGGUCCGUAUCGCCUAAAUAAAGUUUUAAAACAUUUGUUCACAAUUGAAUACGGUUCGUUUUUGAUAUUUAAUAAAUAAAAGUGACUAGUUGCAAAGUGUAAUGAUGAUUGUUUUAGAUGUGCUCUUCGAUUUUUUUUAAGCUUGUUUGUAAACAGUACCGCUGAACUGUCAAGGAUGAAUACUUGUUCAUUUGUGUCGUCACGAUAAAAAACCUAAUAAAUAUUUUAAAACUCUAUUUAGGCGAUAUGUUCCGUAAAUGGUUUCAUCCAAAUUGCUAACAGACAAACAAAAAAAUCUCUGUUUACAAACAGUACUG